UUCCAGGUUCUUGGUGGAUCAUAUAGGCAGAUAUAGACUGAUCAGGAGGACAUAAUAUCAUAGUUCACCAGAGAGUUGAACUUAAGGAAGUUGUUAUAUAGUGAAAUUAAAUUGGCUUAACGUGCAUAUGAAGCCUAAGAACCCCCAAAUGAUGGAGCUGAUUAUGCCUGUGGCCAUGUGAUUCUUUUGCCCACAGUGUAAUGGAGAAUGAUAUGUUCAGCAUUCCACAAGCCAUGGUAAGCCAAAAUUCUGUUGUUAUUGAUGGUAGCCCAUCACAGACAAUCCCAAAUUCAAUAGUUGACUCCAACUUAUUUAACCACAUCAAUGAAAAUCAGACACUAGCUGGGUUUCCAGUGCUUCCCUCGGUGCAAGGAGAAUUUAUCAGUGAUCUCUGUGCUGAUCUUCACAUUACUAAUCGUGUCAGGUUCUUUGACUCUAAUGCGUUGGUUGCAUCUGUUCGAAGGAAUGUUGUGAGUGAUGCUUCACUUGGCAAUUCAGGUUCAGAAGAUAACUUCAAGUUUCAAGAGCAAUUCAUAGGCAGAACACCCAUCUCUUCAACUCCACCUGUAAGGUUUGGUCUUCAAGAAAACUUAAACGAGUUAGCAAAUGUAGCCCCUUCAAUCUACCCUGAGGAUUUUAGGACUUACUUGUCAACUGAAUGUUCUGAUGACAUAAACUCUACAAUGGUAACCUCUGUGAAUUGUGUAUUUAAUGAAGCAUUUGGUAAUAUGAACAGUAAGUGGGAUUUUGAGAAGUUUCCUGCUCCUCUGGAGCUUGUUGGGAAAAACCCAUUGAAGACAGCAUUACAACCAUAUUCGUCAAUAGGAUGUCCUGAUCCAAAUGGGUGGAUAGCAUCAAAUGGUGCAAAUAUGAGCAUGGAUUAUCCUUGUGGCUCAUCUAAACAUAGCAAUGAGCUGUCUUUAAACCUUGCCACUUCUCUGCCUGCUGUCAUCAAAGGGAAAAAUAUUCCUGAUAAGUCCUCUGAAAUAAAGUGUUAUAGUGCAAAUCACUGCUGCUUGAAUACAAGAAGGUUAGGCUCAGAACAAACUUCCUGUAAUGCUAAGGAGCUCUCUCCGAGUUACAAUUCUCUUGGACAAGUUCAAGUGUCAGAAUUGAUAUCAGGAUCAAGAUAUCUUCUUGCAGUUCAAGAAAUACUUGCUCAAAUUGCAAGCUAUUCUCUGGAAAAUCUGGACCAGAUAAGUAUUGGAGCUGGAGCAACUAAUCCGUUCUCCUCAAGCUUCCUAGCUGGAAGAAGGAUGGCACUGAUGGAUCCGAGUGAGCUUCCAGAGAUUAAUGGUAAUUCUGAGGUUCAAUUAGAGGCAGAAGUACGAAAAUGGACAGUUGAGGCAAAGAAAACCCAACUGCUGACUUUACUGCAAGUGGUUGAUGAAAGAUACAGUCAAUGCUUGGAUGAGGUCCAUACAGUUAUAUCUGCAUUCCAUGCUGCAACUGAGUUGGACCCUCUGGUGCAUGCUAGUUUUGCUCUACAGACAAUCUCUUUCUUGUACAAGAACCUAAGAGAGAGGAUCAGCAACCAAAUCCUAGCUAUGGGAGCAAAUUUUGACAGUGGAUGCACUAGAGGUAGGGAAAAGUCUUUUCAUAAUUCAUUCAUCCAGGAGCAGUGGGCACUGCAGCAGCUAAAGAAGAAGGAUCAAUUAUGGAGGCCUCAGAGGGGGUUGCCUGAAAAGUCUGUGUCCGUUUUACGUGCAUGGAUGUUUCAGAACUUUCUUCAUCCGUACCCUAAGGAUGCAGAAAAACAUUUACUUGCAAUAAAAAGUGGCUUAACAAGGAGUCAGGUCUCCAAUUGGUUCAUAAAUGCUCGUGUUCGUCUAUGGAAACCAAUGAUAGAGGAAAUGUACUCAGAGAUGAACAGGAGAAAGACUCGGCAAAAUGAGGAGGGGACCAACAGCAACCACAGAAGCCAGAUAAGCAUCAGCAAUCAAAGAUUUAACGGCAAUUGAAGCUGAAGAAAGAAAGAAAAAAUAGUAUCGACUGGACAAUGAAUUCGAGCACGUUUCAAUAGGAAAUAAACAAAUCCACCACCCGGUUACUAUCGUACAUGAUGCUCCAUAGAGUUGGGACCUUUAGCUUUAAGGGUAUGAUUCUAU